CAAUCCGUGGAUCUCAAUACAGCAGUGGAGAAGGGCUCAGUGCAGAAGUUCUUCCUCCAAUGCCUGGCUAAGCUGAAGCCGCCUGACCGCACUAUACCACAGGUGCUGGCGCUUAAGGAUUCGCUGGAGCGUGGCAUUGGAGUCCAUCAUAGCGGCAUUUUGCCAAUCCUCAAGGAGAUCGUCGAGAUGCUCUUCCAAAACGGGCUCGUCAAGCUGCUCUUUGCCACCGAAACUUUUGCCAUGGGCGUUAAUAUGCCGGCCCGCACAGUCAUCUUCGAUUCGCACAAGAAGUUCGAUGGCACUGAAAUGCGCAACCUGAAACCGGGYGAGUACAUACAAAUGGCUGGACGUGCUGGACGACGUGGUCACGAUGAGAAUGGCACCGUCAUCCUGCUAUGCAAAGGUCAAGUGCCACCGUCAAUGGAACUGCGGCCUAUGAUUCUGGGCUUACCCGAGAAGCUGCAGUCGCAAUUCAUUCUCCGUUAUGCCGUUAUACUGACAUGUCUGCGCAUCGAGAGCAUCAAGGUGGAGGACAUCAUGCAGUUCAGCUUCAAGGAGUUCAAUCAGAAAUUGCAGCUACCUACACAGCAGAAGCAGCUGCAGCUGGCCGAAGCCAAGUUUGCCAGUCUGCCCAACCUUGGCGAACACCUUCAGCCCCUGAUCUAUUUCUAUGACAAGUCCGUUGAGUACUGGAAGGAGAAGCAUCGCAUUAUGAAAUUCAUUUUGACUCAGCCGAAAAUCCAAAAGGAAAUGAAAGUGGGACGCAUCAUUGUCAUCACUCARGGCAAGCAUUACAAUAAGCUGGCCAUAUUGCUUAAUGUUAAGUCCGUGCUAGGCAAGGAUACCGUCUACAAGGUGUUAGUGCUGGACCAUCAAUUCAAGAGCAACGACUGCGACAACGUAAAUCGCGGUGAGCUUUACUACAAAAUCCUUUCAUUGACACCACAGCACAAAUUCUUCCAUCCGGAGGGCAUUGGAGGACACGCUGUGCUAGACAUCAGAGCCGUUGAUAUCCUAACGAUUACAAAAUCAACAAUUAAAGUGGAUGCUGAUGUCAUAAUACGCAAUUGGGAGCAACGGCAGUUGGAACGCUUUAAGGAUUCGCCGCCUAGCGCAACAGUCGUCAAGGCCGUCACGGAGCUGCAUCAGCUAAACGAAGCAUACAAUGCCAAUCCGGACAGCAUCAAAUACAUCAACAUGUCCAAGGAAAUAAACGUAAAUGCGGAAACCGAAGUAGCUAUGCUGAACUAUGUGGAUCAUCUGGCACGCCAGGUGGGCAACGUGCUGCCGCAUACCAAUAUUGCAGGCUUUGAACAGGAGUUCACCAAAGUGUACGAGCGUCGUAUGUUAGAGAUUAACAUUGAGGAGUUGCGUUUCAAGAACUCGGCAAAGAAUUUAACCCUUUAUCCGGAUUACUGCAACAAGCUGCAGGUGUUGCGAGCCCUCAAUUAUAUCGAUGAUCAGAACGAGGUGACACUCAAGGGCAAGGUAGCUUGUGAAAUGGGCCAAAAUGAGCUGCUCAUAACAGAGUUAAUACUCUGCAAUAUGUUUAAUGAUCUGGAGCCGGCGGAAAUAGCUGCACUAUUGUCGGGUCUGGUGUUUCAGGCCAAAAUUCAGGGCGAACCUGUUAUCCCAGAGCCACUAAAAAAAUGUGUUGCCGCCUUCGAGCAAAUCAACGAUACCAUUUUGGCUGAGGAACAGCGCUGUCAAGCGGCAGUUGAGGCAGAAAAUAAUCUAAAUUUUGGACUGCUCGAGGUUGUCUACGAGUGGGCUAAGAACAAGCCUUUCGCUGAGAUCAUGAAAUUAACYGAGGUACAGGAAGGCAUCAUAGUGAGAUGUAUUCAGCAGUUGGACGAAACACUUCGGGAUGUUAAAACUGCAGCCAUUCGAAUUGGUAAUCCCGGCUUGCAGUCUAAAAUGGAAGAGGCCUCGGCGGCCAUAAAGCGGGAUAUUGUAUUCACAGCCAGUUUGUACACGGAGCUCUAAAAAAAAAAAAAAAAGAAAACAUAAAAGACAAAUGUUUGUUUUCCUAAAACUACAUAUGAUCAUGUCAAUUAUUAC